GUCUCUUUAUUACACAACUAAACUAAACUAAGCCCAUCCCUGUUUUGUUUAAAAACGCUUCCCACAAUAGAGAGAGACCCCGAAAGGAGCAAACUUUUUUCUCUCUGCUUUCUGUAUUCGGACUCUUUCUUGUUCUCUUCUAAUGUGUUUGGGUUGGUCUUAUAAUAGAUUUCCUUUCUGAGUUUUAUGGUCUUUUCAAGAUAUAAGAGAUUUAAUUUGUAGCUGAAGUUUCAAUGGCUGUGCUGUUCCUGCUUUUCUUGCUGACAGUGUCUGUUGUUUCUGCUGAUGAAGAUGGCUUCAUUGGUGUAAACAUUGGCACAGCACUUUCUGACAUGCCAAGCCCAACUCAGGUGGUAGCCCUUCUUAAGGCUCAGAAUAUUAGACAUGUCAGGCUCUAUGAUGCAGACCGAGCCCUGCUUCUUGCCCUUGCCAACACAGGCGUCCGUGUAACUGUUUCUGUUCCUAAUGACCAGAUCCUUGGCAUUGGUCAAUCGAAUGCCACGGCAGCCAACUGGGUUGCUCGAAAUGUAAUAGCCCAUGUCCCUGCCACCAACAUCACAGCCAUUGCAGUUGGAUCUGAAAUCCUUACUACGCUCCCAAAUGCUGCCCCUGUCCUGGUCUCUGCCCUGAAGUUCAUCCAUUCUGCCCUUGUUGCCUCCAAUCUUGAUGGCCAAAUUAAAGUCUCUACCCCUCACUCUUCUUCCAUCAUCCUUGACUCGUUCCCUCCUUCCCAAGCCUUUUUUAAUCGCUCUUGGGAUCCAGUCAUGGUUCCCUUGCUUAAAUUUUUGCAGUCCACAGGGUCGUACUUCAUGCUAAAUGCAUAUCCAUAUUACGACUACAUGCAAUCAAAUGGUGUGAUCCCAUUGGAUUAUGCGCUUUUCCGUCCCCUCCCUCCUGACAAGGAAGCUGUGGAUGCUAAUACACUCCUUCAUUACACUAAUGUCUUUGAUGCCAUUGUUGAUGCCGCAUAUUUUGCUAUGUCCUAUCUGAAUUUCACCAAUGUCCCUAUUUUUGUGACGGAGUCUGGUUGGCCCUCCAAAGGUGACUCAUCUGAGCCAGAUGCAACACUUGAAAAUGCUAACACUUACAACAGCAACUUGAUCAGGCAUGUGCUUAAUAACACAGGCACUCCCAAACAUCCUAAAAUUGCAGUUAGUACAUAUAUUUAUGAACUCUAUAAUGAAGAUUUGAGACCCGGGGCAAUAUCUGAAAAGAACUGGGGGCUUUUUGAUGCCGACGGCAUGCCAGUUUAUACCUUACACUUGACUGGUGCUGGUACUGUAUUGGCAAACGACACCACAAACCAAACCUUUUGCGUGGCAAAGGAAGGUGCUGACCCGAAGAUGCUACAAGCUGCUCUUGAUUGGGCAUGUGGACCAGGGAAAGUUGAUUGCUCAUACUUGUUACAAGGGCAGCUAUGUUACGAGCCAGAUAAUGUUGUUGCUCAUUCAACAUAUGCUUUCAAUGCUUAUUUCCAGAAGAUGGCCAAGUCUCCCGGUACUUGUGAUUUUAAAGGGGUGGCUACCAUCACCACCACUGACCCAAGUCAUGGUUCCUGUAUAUUUCCUGGAAGUGCUGGAAGAAAUGGCACCUUGCCAAAUACAACUUCUCUGGCACCAUCUUCAAAUUCUACGACGUCUGGUUGCCAUUCAGUAUAUAUCUAUGGUGCUGGCUCUUUCACAACCUCUGUGAUUAUAGGUGUUUUACUAAUGAGCGUGUUUUUCUUGUAAAACUUUGUGCAUUUGUAUCAGUUGUAACCCCUGAUACCCUUUGGAUUCAUUCAGAACCUUCGUUUCUAAUACUCUUAGACAACUUGCUGCAUACCCAAUUUUGGUUUUUCCUGGAGAGGAGUUGAGGGGUGGCAAGGUUGAUUGAUCUUAUACAUAGCCAUGAAGUACUUCUAACAUGAGUAGGUGAAACGACUUGCCUGGAUUAUUGUUGUAAGUUAUAACUAUAUUCUCGGGGCAGGAUAUGUAUUCUUUGAACUGGAUUUAUGAUAUGUUCAGUUUCUGAUUGGUA